AGAGGGGCUUGCGGGCGGCGGCGGAGGGACCGCGGGGAGGGGGCGCCGAGCGGCGGCAGCGCAGAGACUCUCAUUGCGCGCCGGGGGGCGCCCUUCCUCGCUCGCGCCCGCGCGACCGCGCGCCCCAGUCCCGCCCCGUCCGGCUCACCGCCCCAGACACAGCGCUCGCCGAGGUUCUCUCGGACCCUGAUCUUACCCGCGGGCACCCUGCGCUCUGCCUGCCGCGAAGACCGGCUCCCCGACCCGCAGAAGUCAGGAGAGAGGGUGAAGCGGAACAGCACGAGGCGGGGCAGCCUCCCGGAGCAGCGCCGCGCAGAGCCCGGGACAAUGGGGCCGCGGCGGCUGCUGCUGGUGACCGCCUGCUUCAGUCUGUGCGGCCCGCUGUUGUCUGCCCGCACCCGGGCCCGCAGGCCAGAGUCAAAAGCAACAAAUGCCACCUUAGAUCCCCGGUCAUUUCUUCUCAGGAACCCCAGUGAUAAAUAUGAACCAUUUUGGGAGGAUGAGGAGAAAAAUGAAAGUGGGCUAACUGAAUACAGAUUAGUCUCCGUCAAUAAAAGCAGUCCUCUUCAAAAACCACUUCCUGCGUUCAUCUCAGAAGAUGCCUCCGGAUAUCUGACCAGCUCCUGGCUGACACUCUUUGUCCCAUCUGUGUACACCGGAGUGUUUGUAGUCAGCCUCCCACUAAAUAUCAUGGCCAUCGUUGUGUUCAUCCUGAAAAUGAAGGUCAAGAAGCCGGCGGUGGUGUACAUGCUGCACCUGGCCACGGCAGAUGUGCUCUUUGUGUCUGUGCUCCCCUUUAAGAUCAGCUAUUACUUUUCCGGUAGUGAUUGGCAGUUUGGGUCUGAAUUGUGUCGCUUUGUCACUGCAGCAUUUUACUGUAACAUGUACGCCUCUAUCUUGCUCAUGACAGUCAUAAGCAUUGACCGGUUUCUGGCUGUGGUGUAUCCCAUGCAGUCCCUCUCGUGGCGUACUCUGGGAAGGGCUUCCUUCACUUGUCUGGCCAUCUGGGCUUUGGCCAUCGCAGGGGUAGUGCCUCUGCUCCUCAAGGAGCAAACCAUCCAGGUGCCCGGGCUCAACAUCACCACCUGUCAUGAUGUGCUCAAUGAAACCCUGCUCGAAGGCUACUAUGCCUACUACUUCUCAGCCUUCUCUGCUGUCUUCUUUUUUGUGCCACUGAUCAUUUCCACGGUCUGUUAUGUGUCUAUCAUUCGAUGUCUUAGCUCUUCCACAGUUGCCAACCGCAGCAAGAAGUCCCGGGCUUUGUUCCUGUCAGCUGCUGUUUUUUGCAUCUUCAUCAUUUGCUUCGGACCCACAAACAUCCUCCUGAUUGCACAUUACUCAUUCCUUUCUCACACUUCCACCACAGAGGCUGCCUACUUUGCCUACCUCCUCUGUGUCUGUGUCAGCAGCAUAAGCUGCUGCAUCGACCCCCUAAUUUACUAUUACGCUUCCUCUGAGUGCCAGAGGUACGUCUACAGUAUCUUAUGCUGCAAAGAAAGUUCCGAUCCCAGCAGUUAUAACAGCAGUGGGCAGUUGAUGGCAAGUAAAAUGGAUACCUGCUCUAGUAACCUGAAUAACAGCAUAUACAAGAAGCUGUUAACUUAGGAAAAGGGACUGCUGGGAGGUUAAAAAGAAAAGUUUAUAAAAGUGAAUAACUUGAGGAUUCUAUUAGUCCCCACCCAAAUUUUAUUGACUUCACCUCCUAAAACAACAGAUGUACGACUUGCAUGCCUGCUUUUUAUGGGAGCCAUCAAGCAUGUAUUUUUGUCAAUUACCAGAAAGAUAACAGGACGAGAUGACCAUGUUAUUCCAAGGGAAUAUUGCCAAUGCUACAGUAAUAAAUGAAUGUCACUUUUGGAUAUAGCUAGGUGACAUAUACAUAUUUAUAUGUGUGUAUAUGUAGAUGUAUGCACACACAUAUAUUAUUUGCAGUGCAGUAUAGAAUAGGCACUUUAAAACACUCUUUCCCCCUCACCCCAGCAAUUAUGGAAAUAAUCUCUGAUUCCCUGAUUUAAUAUGCACAGUCUAGGUUGGUAGAGUUUAGCCCUGAACAUUUGAUGGUGUUCAUCAACAGUGAGAGACUCCAUAGUUUGGGCUUGUACCACUUUUGCAAAUAAGUGUAUUUUGAAAUUGUUUGACAGCAAGGUUUAAGUUAUUAAGGGAUAAGACUUAGUACUAUCUGUGCGUAGAAGUUCUAGUGUUUUCCAUUUUAAACAUAUCCAAGUUUGAAUUCCUGAAAUUAUGGAAACAGAUAAAAAGCCUCUGUCUUGAUGGGUAGUAUUUUUUACAUUUUACACACUGCACACAAUAAGCCAAAACUGAGCAUAAGUCCUCUAGUGAACGUAGGCUGGCUUUCAGAGUAGCCUAUUCCUGAGAGCUGCAUGUGUCCGCCCCCGACGGAGGACUCCAGGCAGCAGACACAUGCCAGGGCCAUGUCAGAUAUAGAUUGGCCAGAAACCUUCCUGCUGAGCCUCACAGAAAGCAAUGAGACUGGGGCCACCACAUUUGCUCCAUCCUCCUGGGAUUGGCUGUGAACUGGUCAUGUUUAUGAGAAACUGGCAAAGCAGAAUGUGAUAUCCUAGGAGGUAAUGACCAUGAAAGACUUCUCUACCCAUCUUAAAAACAACGAAAGAAGGCAUGGACUUCUGGAUGCCCAUCCGCUGGGUGUAAACACAUCUAGUAGUUGUUCUGAAAGGUCAGUUCUGAUAUGGAAGCACCCAUUAUGCGCUGUGGCCACUCCAAUAAGUGCUGGGUGUACAGAGUGGAAUAAGACCGAGACCUGCCCUCAAGAGCAAAGUAGAUCACGUAUAGAGUGUGAUGUAUGUGUAAUAAAUAUGUUUCACACAAACAAGGCCUGUCAGCUAAAGAACUUUGAACAUUUGGGUUACUAUUUCUUGUGGUUAUAACUUAAUGAAAACAUAAUGCAGUACAGGACAUAUAGUUUUUAAAAUAAGUCUGAUUUUAAUUGGGCACUAUUUAUUUACAAAUGUUUUUCUUAAUAGAUUGCUGAAAUCAGGUUUUCUUUUAAGAAUCAAUUAUGUCAGUCUGCUUAGAAAUAACAGAAGAAAAUAGAAUUGACAUUGAAAUCUGGGAAAAUUAUUCUAUAAUUUCCAUUUACUUAAGACUUAAUGAGAUUUUAAAAGCAUUUUUUAACCUCCUAAGUAUCAAGUAUAGAAAAUCUUCAUGGAAUUCACAAAGUAAUUUGGAAAUUAGGUUGAAACAUAUCUCUUUUUUCUUAUGAAAAAUGGUAGCAUUUUAAACAAAAUAGAAAGUUGCAAGGCAAAUGUUUAUUUAAAAGAGCAGGCUGGGUGUGGUGGCUCAUGCCUAUAUUCCCAGCACUUUGGGAGGCCGAGGAGGGUGGAUCACGAGGUCAGGAGAUCGAGACCAUCCUGGCUAACACGGUGAAACUCCGUCUCUACUAAAAAUGCAAAAAAAAUUAGCCGGGCGUGGUGGCGGGCACCUGUAGUCCCAGCUACUCGGGAGGCUGAGGCAGGAGAAUGGCAUGAACCCAGGAGGCGGACCUUGCAGUGAGCCGAGAUCGCGCCACUGCACUCCAGCCUGGGUGACAGAGCAAGACUCCAUCUCAAAAAAUAAAUAAAAAAUAAAAAAGUAAAAGAGCAAACUAUUUCCAAAUACCAUAGAAUAACUUACAUAAAAGUAAAUAACUGUAUUGUAAGUAGAAGCUAGCACUGGUUUUAUUAAUUUAGUGACUAUAUUCAUUUUAUCUAAAUCAGUGGAGAUUUACUGUCAUUGUUUAUUAGUCUGUAUAUAUUAAAAUAUGCUAUCAUUAAUGUACUUACAAAAUAGUAUGUCACUGUUUUUAUGUUCACUCUUAAAAACGUAACCUAUAUUAAUAAAUGUGAACAUUUGCUUGG